AUGAUCGUGGUCUAUUUGCUAUGUUUUGAAAUAAGAGGGAGACAACCACUUGAUGAAAUACGUACAUCAGCGGGAGGUGACUUUGAUUUUCAACAGGAGUUUUCCUCUCAUUCUGAUCAGAGGAGCGAGGGGAGAAGCGUCUGUGGCUUCCCCCUCCUCUGCCGCUAA